AGUAAGAACGCAUCGGAGUAUGAUUCUAUUGCAUUGACACCAGUGGAGGCUGCUGAGGGGAGGACGGCUCAUAAUAAUGGCUGGAACGUAGCAAAUGGAAUGGUUUCUUGCAUCAAACAACACAACAUUUUCAGUCAAGUGGAUAAACAGUCAUGGAUGGUGUGUUAGAGGGAGCAGCUGUGGUGUGUGUGUGUAAACUGGCCUGCAGUCUUCUCUUCCUGCCCAUGGUCACUGCUUCUCUCAGCGCAGUCAGCUUCUGCUGCAACUGCCUGCUGCUCUUCACAGACCUCGUAGUCACAACCUUCCUGGUUGUACUCUGGUUUACAGAGCCCUGGCUACCUCAAUUUUCCAUGUCCACUGAUGUCAUCGCCCUGCGCUUCCUGCUCUUCCUCAGCUACAUCUACUGGGCAGUGCUGCUGAUGACCACACCUCUGGUUGCUGUGGAGACGGCCAUGAGGUUGCAGUGGCCCCAAGUCUGUGGUGGCGGAGCAGUGGACGGAGACGUUGACAAACAGAGUAAAAAUCCUGCACCUCACGGCGGUGUGACACUGGAGGUAGAGAACUGGCAGAGCAGGGACACAGACACCCAGAUAGUAGGGAGAGAGGACCAGGACCAGGGAAGUUGUCUGUCCCACAUCAUUGGCUUCUUCUGCUGUCUGCUGGUGUGGGCUGUCUGUGGCAUCUGUGGAGGUCAGGGCUGGAGACUGGAGGUGCUGUGGGUGGAGGUCUGCCUGGAGAGGACCAGCUCCCUCACUCUGUGUCUCCCUAGCCUCCCCAACACCGUUCAGCUUGCUCUGGGUGAGCCCAGCUGGGGCCUGGCCACUGUGACCUUGGCUCUCCUGCUGGUGCUGACGGUGGGCUGGGGCUUUCUCAGAAGACACCUGGCCCACACAGAGACGAACCCACACACACCCACAACCACACAGACACACAAGGAGGAACAUGGUACUGACAUUCAACUGCCCGUUCAAACACUCCCUGCACCACGCAAGGCUAUGAAACCUGUGAUGUCAGUGGCGUCAGCCCCACGGUUUGUUGACACAGAGACAACAUGGUCCAGAUGCUCCGUUCACAGCCCAUGUUCUGGGAACAACAUGCAGCUGUCACUGGGUCACCAUGUCCUCUUAUCCCUGGAGUUUUUGUCAGCAGACAGACUAGAGGGACACAAAGAGAAAAAAGGACUAGGAGACAUACCUCUCACUGGUAUUGUGGAGGAACACACAGACAGGAGCCAGCAUGGGCUCGGGCGAUUUCCCUGCCUGGGGGUGAAUAUAAUGACAGGGUUAAUGUGUCUGCUCACUGUCUGUGUGUUACCUCUAAACCUCAGUGUGAACAUCCUACUAAUCAGGCACACAGAGACAAUGCUGCAGUGGAGUUUGAAGAUCUUAAUGUAGUUGAUAAUGUAAAUUCAAUCAUUAAGGAGGUCUGAAAGGCUUGCUCACUUUAUCUUCAUCCACUAAGCAUAAUAUAUCAUAUUGUUUCUUCUCUAUGGUAUAGUUGGUAGCUAUUUUCAAACAAUUAUCUCCCAGCAGGAUGGUCUCGAUGCCAGUUGCCCCCCCCACAGGGAUGGUAACCUGCCAUCAUAUCAUCUGGCGAGACUAUCCCCAAAACAAUUUUAACACAUUUUGAUAUUGCACUUGGUCUCUGUUGUUCAUUCAGUUAGCCUGUCCUCGAUUGAACUGGCUGCACCCAAAGAAGCUAAACAGAGGGGUCUCUCAGUCAACGUAACAUCGGCAUAAAGUCAGUGUAAUGGACAAUAAACCUGGAUGGUGAUAUUGUUAGAUAAUGAGGUGUGGCUUGGGAAUGGCAAAGGGGGGUGCAACUCAAUAUUAUAUACACUGACUGAAUAUACACAGAGUAUUCCAAACAUGAUUUCACAGUUUUGGAUUGACUGACCUUCAUGUCUUAAAGUAAUGAUGAACUGUCGUUUCUCUUUGCUUAUUUGACCUGUUCUUGCUAUAAUAUGGACUUGGUCUUUUACCAAAUAGGGCCAUCUUCUGCAUCCCAACCCUACCUAGUCACAACACAACUGAUUGGCACAAACACAUUAAGAAAUUCCACAAAUUAACAAGACACACCUGUUAAUUGAAAUGCAUUCCAGGUGACUACCUCAUGAAGCUGGUUGAGAGAAUGCCAAGAGUGUGCAAAGCUGUCAUCAAGGCAAAGGGUGGCUACUUUGAAGAAUCUACAAUGUAGACAAUAGUACAAAUAAAUAAAAACCCUUGAAUGAGUAGGCGUGUCCAAACGUUUGACUGCUACUGUGUGUGUGCAAUAUAAUACAUAAAUAUAUAACUAAUAUUCUGUAUAUGUACUUGUGAGUGUGUGUGGCUCUGACAUACUGUGAAGAACAGAGGAGCUACUGUUAACACAGGGCAGUUUGACUCAAGAAUUCAGUGAUUCUUUUCAUUUCUACACUAGCCGAACAGAAUAUCAAUACUGUGUCAUAAAUGACGCAUUGAAAUGAAUGUCCAAUCAAAAAGCUUAUAUGGACAAUGAAGUUCACAGAAUGACGUAAGGUAUUACAGGUGGGCAAUGCAUCUUUCAUUUGACAGUACGCCAACUUCCAAGUUAAUGUGGAAAUGCACAACACUGCUAUUAGGGAUGUUAUUGACAUAUACUUCUCUGGGUGGUUCAUUCUCAAUACACUGCCUUCUCAAAUGUUCCCCUCUAAGGCAGAAUCACGAAAAACAUCUCACACAACCAUUGCUGCUGUAAAACGACUGAAAAUGCCCUUCAGAGGCUAUGUUUAUUCCAAUAAUCAUCUGAAUAAUUAGCUUCUGUUCACUGUGCCUUUGUUCAAACUAUGAGAGCAUGCUGAUUACGCUCAACAAAAUAUUAUCAUUGUGAGCAGAGUUCCAUCUUUCUCAAGGUCACUGUGUUUACUUGUAUUCUCCCUGAUCUAAACUCUGGCCAACACUAUCUGGUCUACUAAUAAUGUCUGUGGCAUAAUUCGAUUUGGAGUGAAGGUGCUCUCCAGCUCCGAGUCACUACAGUUAUGGUGCCUGUGAGAGAACAGCCCAACUUUACCAUUCACUCCCCAUUCUUUAGUAGGGGGCAGUGACACACAACACUCCCACCUGAGCCACGUAUCCUAUAUGGUGAGGGUUUCAUAACGAGGAUCUCCCCAUGGGAAAAUAUUUUUCAGUUUAAAUGGACAACUUCCCCUGAUGUGAAGUUAGAUUCAUUACAGGAGUGUAACUGUAGAUGGAAAUGCAAUGGAAAUAUCCUGGUGGUCUGACUGACAUGAACAAAGGCUCUGUGUUGUUGACUGCUCCAUUGCCAGGUCCACAAUUCACCCUAUAAUGAUGCAACUGGUAUCAAUCUGCCCCAAAAUAGCAUGAAUAAUUAUGCAUGAGGCCAUCAAACUACAAGCAGCUCUGCCAUCAUAAAGUGGCCUCCAACAACAGCAAUGAUGUUAAAUAUCUGGCUAACCGUUGCUUCUUAUUUCCGACAUUCACUUUAAACAGUUUCAUAAAAAUUACAAAUCAAAUCUCCCUUUUUAUUUUUAGAAGCCAUUCUGAGAUCUCCAGGCGUUCUCCCCAGAUACAGGGGACAGAAAGCAGACAGGGAGACCGUGCGUGAGGGAUAAUUCCCAGCAGACAACACAGUAAGGCUCUUCCGUUGCCGUGAGGUUGUAUGGUGUUCAGAUUACAGUGUGAUCCAUCACGGGGUUACUCGCAGAUUUCUAUUCAUCGAGUUGAGAAAUGCCUCAGCAUGUGAAUGAGAGGAACAGAGAACAAACGGAGUCUCUGGCUUGCCGUGUAGGGGAGGCUUUCACAGGGCUGGGAGUUGGUUCAUGUCAGCUGAAAUAUGCACCUUGACACAGAAUGUAUGCUAAUAACCUUGCACAGGCAAUUUCUCUCAUACUGAUAU